UUCCAGGCGCUAGACCAGUCCACAAUAAGCAGGAAUUUCAAAAACAACACAAAGAGACACACAAAAUCUACAAAUAUGGAAAAACACUUUAGUUGAACCCUUUCCAGCUAAAGAAAGUGAUUUUUCCUAUGGCACUGCAAUGCGUUAUAAAACCCAAGAUGUGGCUGGGCAUCAAACAGAUCUUGCUCUACGUGGGCCUCAUCCUGUGCGUCGUCCUUCAAGUUUGCAGGAGCAAGACGCAGUCCCUUACCCUCUGCCCCAAAGUUUGCCACUGUGACUUUCAUCUCCAGCGAAAUAGAGCAAUUUGCAGUGCGAAGCGACUGAUAAGCCCCAAUAUAGAAAUGCCCAAGUCUGUGGAGCUUUUGGACUUGAGCUAUAAUGAUAUAACCAGCAUAGAGGAUGACUCGUUCCAAUCGAACAUCCACCUGCUCAAUUUAACGUUGGCCCACAAUUCCAUUCACACCUUGUAUGCGGACGCUUUUUCCGAGCUCCGUCGGCUCCGUCACUUGGACUUGUCCUACAACCGCUUGGAGCAGGUGGACGAGCACCUUCUGGAGUCCAAUACCCAGCUAGUCCAACUAAACCUGGAGGGAAACAAGCUGGCUAGCCUGGGGAGUGGACCUCUGCUAAGGAGCCCCUCCCUGCGCUCUCUGAAUCUGCGAAACUCGCAGGUCAGCCAGCUGGGCAAUGAGCUCCUCAGUGCAUUGCCACAACUGCGGCAGCUGGAUUUGGCUCAAAACAUGCUGCUGACCUUGAGUGCAACGGAUUUCCACGCCCCGCGGUAUUUGGCUUCGCUGAAUGUGGAAGAGAACCCCUUAAACUGCGACCGGGCACUCAUUAAGGUGGCCGCCAGUCUACGGCAGCGUGGGGUGGAGAUAUUUUUGAGUUCUUGUGAACAGAAGGAAGAGGUGGUUUCCAGUCAGUCGGAGGAUGUGGGAACCCUGUUCUCCCCGGUCCGAAAAUCGGAGCGCCUGCAACAGCACUCGGACUCCUCCUCCCCAGAACCUCAAUCCGUGGUGGCCAUCUGGCGGGAGCUGGACUCCAGCGAGGAGGACAGCAGUGAACAGGUCGACGGCGAAGCGGCGUCUUUGAACGACGUCUGCGAAGGAAGCCGAGAAAAGCUCUGCAUGAGGUACAAAACCUGCCUGGAGCGAGUUAGUCACGAGCUCCUUGCCGGAGGAGGUUCACAGUUCAACGACGAAAUUAUCCCUUCCCACACCUACGACGAGGACGACCUCAAGUUGGCCUUUGUGGUGGGAGGAGCCACAGGGGCUUGCAUGAUCAUAUUCAUUAUUACCUUUGCCCUCUGCCUCAAAAGCUGCUGUGAGAUGCGAAAGAAAAAAACUCGCCAGGAAGUGGUCGGCGAAGAUUCUGCUCCAUUGGACAUCUCACAGGAAAGCCUACCAACUAUUCACACCUGGACACCACAAAGAACACGCCAUCCGAGACGUUCCAACCCCCAGCGAACACGAAGCCAAAUUCCUUCGCGCACGCUGGUUCGGCAACCCUACGGACCACAGGACAACUUUGUGUCCCGGCUUUUUGGCCGCCCGGCUCGGAGCCAGUACGUCCGGACCAUCAAUCAAAAUACAGCCACCCUCAUCCGGCGCCUGAGCCGGAGCAACCUGUUCAGCAGUCGCGAUCGGGAGCCAAGUCGUCACCCCACGGCCCCGAAUACAACGGCCAGAGCGCCCAGGCCAGAGACUCCCCCUCCGAAUUACGGCGACGUUGUGGUCAUCGAGAAUUGUGAUAACAAGUGAUGGGAGAUGCCUCACGGGAUAAUACUAUUCCCACUAUUUAAUAAAUAAUCUUAGAUAUUGCUCUUCCCGUAUAUACCUCUUUUUUAAUAAACUCUGUAUUAGAAAUAA